ACCACAACGAUGAGUGGCUUUAGAUUGAGAGCCCCACUUCGAAGAAAUGAAUUGGUCCUCCUGACGCUCUUUCUCUUGCAAAUUGAGAUUCUGGGUCUGGACCUGGAUAGUCGACCUGCCACUGAAGUCUGUGCUACACACACAAUUUCACCAGGACCCAAAGGAGAUGAUGGCGAGAAAGGAGACCCGGGCGAGGAGGGAAAGCAUGGCAAAGUGGGACGCGCGGGCCCAAAAGGAAUUAAGGGAGAACUGGGCGAUAUUGGAGAUCAGGGCAAUAUUGGCAAGACUGGGCCCAUUGGCAAAAAGGGAGAUAAAGGAGAAAAGGGUUUGCCGGGAGUUCCUGGAGGGAAAGGAAAAGCAGGCACCGUCUGUGACUGUGGCAGAUACCGGAAAGUCGUUGGACAACUAGAUAUCAGCGUUGCCCGUCUCAAAACAUCUAUGAAGUUUGUUAAGAAUGUCAUCGCAGGGAUUAGGGAAACUGAAGAGAAGUUCUACUACAUUGUGCAGGAAGAGAAGAACUACCGGGAGUCUCUAACCCACUGCCGGAUCCGUGGAGGAAUGCUAGCCAUGCCAAAGGAUGAAGCUUCCAACACACUUAUUGCAGACUAUGUUGCCAAGAGUGGUUUCUUCCGGGUAUUCAUUGGGGUGAAUGAUCUUGAGAGGGAGGGGCAGUAUGUGUUCACAGACAACACCCCACUGCAGAACUACAGCAACUGGAAGGAUGGGGAGCCCAGUGAUCCCUAUGGUCAUGAGGACUGCGUAGAGAUGCUGAGCUCAGGCAGGUGGAAUGACACCGAGUGCCAUCUUACCAUGUACUUUGUCUGUGAGUUUGUCAAGAAGAAAAAGUAACUUUCCUUAUGUUACACACAGUGGUUAUAUCUCUUGGAGAGCAUUGCAGUUACUCUUAUGCAUCCUUGCCUUCUUAGUCCUACUACAUUGGUUCUGAUUCAAGACACAUAGAUAAUGUGAGACUGAGGUUUAGGAUUUCCAUCACCGUGCUCCACUGCGAUAAUUCUGCAUCUUUUCAUGCAUGGUAUUUAAAUGAGCCAAUAGCUCAGCAGGUUACAUGGGUCUGAAAAAAACAGCCGGCAUUCCUGUUUGUCAAUUAACUGUCUCUCAAAUGAAAUGCUGUCUCUGCAUUUGUGUUACCAUAUCCCUCUAGAUUUCUAAACUAUUCUAAAUCUAGCCCAGAAGAUUGAAAAGUUUCCAUUGAAACUGGGAAGUUUUGGUGAUGAUUAGUCCUACUUGUCCUUGCCCAAAAAGUAAGUCUCGGGAAAAAAGUUUCUGUUAAUAAUUAUCAGCUACUGAAAGUAGAUAAAGGACCAAACAUGAUAGUUUCUCAGUAUCUGUAGCAGUAGGGCAUUUGCCUUGCACGCAGCCAACCCAGUUUUGAUUCUUCUGCCCCUCUCAGAGAGCCCAGCAAGCUACCAAGAGUAUUCUGCCCACAUGGCAGAGCCUGGCAAACUACCUGUGGCAUAUUCGUAUUCGAUAUUCCAAAAACAGUAACAAGUCUCAAAAUGGAGACGUUACUGGUGCCCGCUCGAGCAAAUCGAUGAGCAAUGGGGUGACAGUGACACGACAGUGACAGUGACAUGCCCAAAAGUAGAGAGAGAGAGUAUGGGGA